AAAUGUUUAAUUUUCAUAAACCUCGAACCUAUCGGUCAGCCGAGGGUUGUUGCAUUUGUCGUGCCAAAUCAAGCAGUUCACGUUUUACAGAUUCACGUAAAUAUGAACGUGAUACAAUGCAAUGUUUUGAUCUCAAAUAUCCUAGAACGGGUGAAAUCUGCAAUGCCUGUGUGCUGUUGGUAAAACGUUAUAAACGUUUACCAGUUGGCAGUAAACGUAAUUGGAGUCAUGUGGUUGAUGCUCGCGCUGGUCCGGGUAGCAGUAAAAUUCAAACAAAGUACAAAAGUGAUCGUGGAACAUCACGCAGCAGCAGUAGCCAUCAAUCCUCCAACAGUAGCAGCAAUAGUGGUGCAAACUCCUCCUCAUAUAUGCCAGAAAAAUAUUCAAAAAUUUUCAAGAAAACCAAGAAAAUUAAAGACUCCUCCACACACAAACCACGUAAAUCAUCCAGUAAUGGUUGGUCUCUAAGUGCAGCCGGAACACAUUCAUUGCCCACAACACCCGAUUCCUUGGACAGUGAUUACGAAGAUUCUCGUUUACAUGGUUCACUGAGUGGUACUGGCGGCAGUGGUGGUGUUGGGGGAUUACUUGGUGGAACUGUUGUGCAGUUCCAAACACAAACAAGGGCAUCCGCCUUUAGAGCGCAAGUUGCUGCCGAAGCACGAAGAAGAUAUUUAAAAUUGGGCAGCAAGCGGCGUAAAUGUUUGCCGCCAAGAAAAAAUCGCCGCUCAAAUGCCCAUGAAUCAACGAUCAACUUCUUCGAUGAGGAGGAGGAAUGGCAUGCGAAACAAACCUGUUGUGGUGUAUUGUAUGAAUGCCCUGCCUUGGGCGGAGCCCUAAUACUGGAUGUUGACAAUUACAAGCCAUGUGAAAAGCAUCAAAAUUUGAAUGUGGCUGUGACGGCCGCUAAUGAGGAAACAAAAGACAGAUGUACAACCAAACCAGCUAUACAACAUAGUAUACCAGCCGUGGUGCAAUUACAAACAUCUACAUCUUGCUCAAGUACAACAUCGUUAUAUGAGAGGCCGUUGGGUGGUGUAACAACAACAGCGGCGGCGACCACAAUAACACCAGUGGCGGCCGCCACAUCUGCAUCAUCAUCAACACCAUCAUCUCUAACCAUUACCAAAACAUCAACACCAGUGCUUAAGAAACACCAUUUGUUCUUUAAAAGACAAUCGGAAUGUUUUCCUCAAGGUGACAUGGUCACUGCAAGUGAAACAAAUUAUUAUAAUACUGAGUCUGAUUAUAAUAACCAUAAUACCACACAACAACAACAACAGCAGCAACAACAAUUUUCUCAACAGCAAACGCCAAACUCGGCAUGUCUAAAUAUGCCCAAACAUUCCUUAGCCAAGGUUACCACAAUAUCACCAACACCCUUGUCAGCAAAUUAUCAUCAGCAACAACAUGCGAUGAACAGCAGCAGCUCCUCCUCCACAAUAACGAAAACGUCAUCAUCAACAGCCCAUCACAACUUUUUGCAUAAAAUCAAAACAGCUGAUACUGGUAAAAUUGUUAAACACUCUUUGGAGAAAUUCAAUACCGCUGUUCGUUUAAAAACCAAUGAUAUUCACGAUAUGAUGAAACCCAUUAUUAAAACUGUCGAUAAAUCGUAUAUUUUGUCAAAGCCACCAACAAUGGCGGCAAGUAUAAAUAGUUUACAUAACGCUGGCGUUUCUGUGACAAUGGCUAGCAGCAAUGGUGGCGGGACGACAACAACUUAUCAAAAUUUAGCUUCGUACAAUUCCAUGGCCCAGCCACCGUUAACAACGGCAUCAAUGUCGGCAGCAUCACCCACAUCGUCGACCUCGUCGACAUCAUCAUCCUCAACGAAAUUCAGUGAUAAUUCAUCAGAUUCGGGUUUCGAUGAGAAUAUGCUGUUAGAGCGUAAAUCUGCCAGUCCAUUGCAAGAUGAUUGUGAAAAGAAAAUGUUGAGCCGUCAUGGUGUCCAGACAAUGUUUUUGGCCAGUGGUGUCCAGAUACAAGGCCAGGCACAAAAUUUGGUAUUGACCGGCAAUGAGGUGGCAGCGAAAAUUUUACAAAAUCGCAAAUACACAUCUGUAUCGACGUCAGCAACAAAUGGUCGUUUAUCAUCAAGUCAUCCCACAACGACCGCUGUUAAAAUUGCUCAAAUCUCGACGGGGAAUAAUGGCAGCAACAACACCACAUCAAGUUCAUCGUCAGCAGCAGCUGCAGUUGCUGCGGCCCAGGCAAAAAUGCGUGCAAUUUACAACAGUAGCAAUACCAUACAACAUGAAAAUGGCAUUACAACAAUUGUGCCAGCCUCAUCAUUGGCUGCCUCCUCACAACUGGCUGCCAUGCAAAAUAUAGCCCAGGCUCAGGCUCAAGUGACUAUAACACCGGCACCACCCACUAGUCUAAGUGCAAAUGCUGGGCAGCAAUUCAAUGUCAAUGCCCAAAAUAUUAUAUCAUCAAGAAAAUUAACAGCGGCCAAUAUAAUUAAUUUACAAAGCAAUAAUUUAAGCAAUACAACAACAAUACAACAUGGUAGUAACAGUAGUAGUAGCAGUAGUGCAAAUCAUCAAUUGAAUUCAGCAACAACAACAACGCCAAAUCAAAAAAUUAUACUUUUAAAAACAACAACAUCAGCAGCAGCAUCAGUGUCGAGUCACCAAUCCAUGAUGUCCUUGUCAGCCUCAUCAGCCAUUACCACUGGGGCCAAGUUUAAUACCACAAUGUCAAGUGGUGGCAAUCGUUAA